GCGAUGGUGUGGGUGAAGAUGGAGAAGGACGUUGUGCAAGAGCUGCUGCGCAGGCUGAGCAGUGUCGGUCAGAAUGUUGAUGAGAUCAUGCAGCAGGAGACGAGUCCUCUCUGCGCUGCUGACAUCAUCAGUGAGCUGAAGAAGAAGUUUGCCUUCCUGUCAGGGGGCAGAGGGCAGGACGGCAGUCCAAUCAUUAUCUUCCCAGAGUUCCCUUCAUUUGGUGAGAUUGGAGAGCAAGAGUUCCACAACGUUCUCACCUACCUGACGAGUGUUCCCAGUUUGAGUGCAGCAGGGGUGGGUUUUAUCCUGGUGAUUGACAGGCGUCAGGACCGGUGGGCCUGCAUGAAGGGAACGCUACUCCGUAUCUCGGGUCACUUCCCAGGGAACCUGCGGCUGGUUCUGGUGCUGCGGCCCAGCGCUCUCUUCCAGCGCACUCUUUCGGACGUCCUCUUCAAACUCCACAGAGACGACUUCAAGAUGAAGGUGCCGGUGAUCAUGCUGAGCUCAGUGGCUGAGCUGCAUACUUAUAUAGAGCAGAGUCAGCUGACUCAAGAACUGGGAGGCACUCAGCAAUACUGCCAUAAGACCUGGAUCUCCCACCGCACAGACAUAGAAGGCUUUGCUGUCUUAGUGAAGAGGAUGGCGCAGAGACUGCAGGCUUUUGGCAGGGAACUGGCGGAGACGGAUCUGCCGAACUCCCCCCUAGCAACCAGCAAUCUGCUCAACACACACUGCAGCAAGAGAGACAACAUGAAGGAGGAGAUUGCAGGAGCUCUAGGACAGGGACGUAAGAUCUUGGAGAACAUUCGGGAGCCGGUACGCAGGGACCCAGACAGCAGCCUGAACCCAGACCAGCUGGAGAACCUGGCCACUGUCCACAGGUUGUUGUCUCAGUUGAACGAGAGCUCAACUGCGUUUGAUGACUUCUGGGUGCAGCAUCACAAUAAGCUGGAAAUGUGUCUGAGACUGUGCCAAUUCGAGCACAACUUUCAGCAGGUGUGGGAGGAGCUAGAGCAAACAACCACUAGAGUGACGGCUUUCUCGCAUGUAGGAAUGAGCCCCACCCACACAGAACACCUCCUCAGAGAGCUGAGCAGCCAAGAAGAGAAAGCAUGUGAGCUGCUGGACAGGUCAAGGGCCCUGGUUGUCGAGGGCGAGGGUUUGGUUGACAGCUGUGAGUUUGCUGAUGACGGUGUGAAGGUGAGGUGUGAUGAGCUGCGGAGAGCCGGAGAGAAACUCCCACAGCAGCUCCAAACCAAGAGAGAUCUACUACUGCAGGCCAUGGAGCUCCACCAGAGACUGCAGAGCGUGUGUAAAUGGUGUGAAGAUGGCAUUUACUUGCUGGCCUCUCAGCCGCUUGACAGGUGUCAGUCACAGGAGGGGGCGGAGUCUGCAUUGCAGGAGCUGGAGGGUUACCUAGAGACAGCCAAUGAGAGGCAGGAGUGGGACAUGGACGCGGUCUGGAGAGAGUAUGAGAGUGUGCUGAAUGAAGAGCUGAAGGAACAGGUAAAGCGAGUGUUUGAGAAGAGGACCAUGCUGCAGGAGAUGUUUGAGAAAAGGAGAGUCAGUCUGAAGAAGCUAGCCGCCAAGCAGACUCGUCCAGUCCAGCCAGUAGCCCCCACGCCUGAAGCUAUCAAAUCACCUCCUUCCUCUCCAGCUCUUAGGAAUCGUGAAAAGAGCUGUGCUAAUAAAGACUCAGAGGGAAGCAGUAACAACAAUGAAGUGUGCUCUGAGCAGAACGGGGGGAGCAGCCGUACCGCCUCCGUGUCCGACGAGGAGGAAAACCUGGCUGUCCUUCGCAGGCAUGUGAUGAAUGAGUUGCUGGAAACAGAGAGAGCAUAUGUGGAAGAACUGCUGUGUGUUCUACAGGGCUAUGCUGCUGAGAUGGAAAACCCUGCCAUGGCUCCCCUCAUCCCUGCCGUCCUGCAAAACAAGAAGGAUGUGCUGUUUGGCAACAUGCAGGAGAUCUACCACUUUCACAAAACGACAUUUCUGAGGGAGUUGGAGACUUACACAGAUUGUCCCGAGCUCGUGGGUCGCUGUUUUCUGGAGAGGAUGGGAGACCUGCAGAUUUAUGAGAAAUACUGCCAUAAUAAACCUCGAUCUGAGAGCCUCUGGAGACAGUGCUCAGACUGUGCUUUCUUCCAGGAAUGUCAGAAGAAACUGGAGCACAAGCUGGGCUUGGAUUCUUACCUGCUGAAGCCUGUUCAGAGAAUUACUAAGUACCAGCUCCUACUGAAGGAGCUGAUUAAGUACAGCAAAGGCCGUGAAGGUUCAGUGGAGCUGCAGGCAGCUCUGUCCUCCUUGCUGGGCAUUCUGAAGGCCGUAAAUGACUCAAUGCACCUCAUCGCUAUCACAGGAUAUGAGGGUAACCUGGGUGACCUGGGCCGGCUGCUGAUGCAGGGCUCGUUCAGCGUGUGGGCGGAGCACAAGCGUGGCCAUGUGAAGAUGAUGGAGUUGGCGCGCUUUAAGCCCAUGCAGAGGCACCUGUUCCUGCACGAGAAAGCUCUGCUCUUCUGCAAGCGGCGUGAGGAGAGCGGCGAGGGCUACGAGAAAGCGCCGUCCUACAGUUUCAAACAGGAGCUGAGCAUGCGUGCUAUUGGAAUCACUGAACAUGCCAAAGGAGACAAUAAGAAGUUUGAAAUCUGGUCCAGCUCCAGGGAUGAGGUGUACACUGUGCAGGCAGCGUCUGAGGAGACUAAAACUAUCUGGGUGAGAGAAAUUCGGAAACUUCUAACAGGACAGCUGGAGGCCUGCAGAGAAGCCAGCCAGCAGAGGACUACUGAUCAGUUAACCUCAGAGAACAAUUCACUUGACAGACUCAUGAGGGAUGGGCAGAGCAGUAUGAGGAACACAGAGAUGGAGAAGAAAGAAGAAGAAAGCAGCAAUGAACCAGGCAGCCCAGAUGGCAAGAAAACAGAGAAAGCAAUGGGUACUUUCCCCAGCAGUGAGACCAAAGCCAAGCGGCAAGAGAUCAAAAGUGACCCAACUCCAUUAGAAACAGGGACACACCCCCAUUUGGGCGGAGUCAGGCGGUUAAGUACAUCCAGCCUGUUUCCGAAUCGUAGGAGAGGAUGGAAUAAAGGCUCGCUCUCAUUGGAUGCCUCUGUGGAGCAAGAUGGCUAUUUCAGUGCCGAGGAUCAUGUGACCUCUGACCCCGAAGAGGAACAAGAAAAGAAACUGUCUGUAGAAGGAGCCGAGUUUGUGAGAACCGACGAAGAACCCAAACAGCCUGCAGAAUCUGAAGAUGGACACCACUGAGAAGAACUUGGCAACAUAAUACCAUGAUCCCAAGAGCCUCUAUCGAGAACACAAAGGAACUGCACUAGUCUUGGAUAAGCACCUGCCAUUUAUACUGUCGUCCUCCCUCACCGGUCAAACAGCACAAAAUGUGACCCAUUUCGUCCAGCAGCCUGAGCCAAAACUUGUACACAUGUUGCUGUAAUAGAAGGUUCAUAUCCCUUUAACUGGUGUGCAACUUUAUAGUGGUUAAGUCUAAAGCUCUUCGUAGUGAACACCUGUCCAUGUUCCGUUUGCAUGAGUACAGUCUUAACCUCUGUGUGAAAUUUAGCAUAUCAUAUAUGCAGAUAUUACUGUACUGGCUGUGACUGCACUGGUUCACUGUGUGUAAAGUCUGUUAUUGUCCACAGCUGUUCUUGUUCAUAUGUGUAUUUAAAGUAUACAUAAAAUCCAAAA